AUGGGCCAGAAUGCUCUUCCUACUUUUGUGAACUUGCAAAGAAGGGGUGUUAAUCUUUGUGAUAUUUGUCCAGCUUGUGGGAAGGAGCUUGAAUCGAAUUUCCAUGUUUUUGUUAAGUGUGAAGUGGCUAGGAGAGUGUGGAGUUGUUGGGUAGAUAGUCUAGUUAAUUUGCUGAAUGUAAUUAUGGAUAUUAUAGAUAUUGCUAUGAAAAUAGUUGAAUCGGAUUGCUCUCAAGGCUUGGCUCGGACAGAAGGGAAGUGGAUAGCGCCUCCUCCAGGAUUUUUCAAGAUCAAUGUUGAUGGUGCCAUAUCUGAAAAUGAAAGGAACUCAAGUGUGGGAGUAGUUAUAAGGGAUGUAGUUGGUAAUGUUCAUGUUGAUUGUUGUAAAUAUCUUCAGGGUCAAUAUUCGGUGGAGGAAGUUGAAGCGAUGGCUAUGGAGUGUGGUCUAAUUCUUUCCAAAGAGCAAAAGCUAUCUCAUAUCAUCUUGGAAUCUGAUGCACUAACAGCUGUUACUAGUGUCACAGCAGUUGAAACAAAUGGUUGUCUUGGUUAUGUGUAUCAGGGGAUUCGUAGUUUGUUUUCUUCGUUUAGUAGCUAG